GCACAGCCUGCACAUGAGACACUGAGCUGGAGGAAGACGCCCAGGCAAGGCAAGUAGAGUUUGGAAAUGUCAAAUCCGUGGUCGCUAUUGGAGUUUACAGCGCGCCUCACACAGCCAAUGGGUUGUUUUGGAGCCUGAGCUCAGCGUGAUACUGUGCGUAAAAUCUACGGGUCGCAGCAGCGGUGCCAUGGCAGGCAGCGCUCAGCGAGCAAAGUCCAUUGUCACACACGCGGAAUAACUUCCUUUUAAAAGAAUGUCAUAUGUCGCGCUACGAUGGCAGUUUCCCAAAACUGAUGAUGUGAAGCAGAACCGUGGGUCCGUCCGUCCUCAUCGACUCAGUUGCGCGGAGAAACGAUGCUGAGCAAAGCUGCGGGAGGAUUUUCCACCACAGCUACCACACUGCCAAAUCAUUUUUGGACUUCAUCCUCAGAUCCACUAGAUAUUUGAGUUUGCCAUCAUGGAGAGCCUCAGUGAGCUCCAGAACCCCUUGCUAGACAAAACCAGCAGACAAAAGGUCCACAGCGAUUACCAGGGUUACCAGUGUGACUACUCGAGUCAGCCCUACCAGGACAGCCUCAUUGGCUACUACUACACUGAGACUGGGACUAAUGGCAAGCAUAAGACUCAACAGUUCCUGGAUGCCACAUCCCUGCAUCUGGCUGUGGAGGCCUUCUACAGGCCCAACAUUAUCCUGUACAAGGACGACGUGAGCCUUCACAGCAAGGACUCCAAGAGCGAGAGCUUUGAGACCACUUUCACAGAGAGUAAGGACACGGUGUUGGAUGGAGCUUCCACAGAAAACCCUCUGGACAGCGUACAAGGAGAGAAGGAUGCGAAGAUUCAGACGGUGUCCUAUGAUGUGGAAGAGGAGCAGGGUCCUGAGUAUGAGAGUGACAGCUCCAGUGACAGUGAGAGCGAGGACAACUUCAUCGUGCUGCCCCCUCGGGAUUACCUGGGCCUAGCCAUCUUCUCCAUGCUCUGCUGCUUCUGGCCCUUGGGCAUCAUUGCCUUUUACUACUCUCACAAGACAGGCAAGGCCAUCGCUAAGGGAGACUUCUCCAGAGCAGGAAUGAGCUCCAGAAGAGCUCUAUUCCUGGCUGCUCUUUCCAUCACCAUUGGAACAGGGAUGUAUGUGGGGGUGGUUGUGGCCCUCAUAGCCUACCUGUCCAAGCCUGGACACGUAUAGCACUGGGACCGGUUUGCUUGGGGGGGGGGUUUGCCUGUGCUGUUUAUGAAAGAAACUAUAUGAAGAGAAAAGACUAAACCAGAAAGACAAGAGAGAAAAGAAGAAGAAAAAAAACAAGAUGUGUGGCUGGAGUAUUACUUGGACUGUCAGGACUGCAUAUUGAUCCGGACUGAAUCUUUAUUUCUGGGAUACAACACUCCACCAGUGUAUUCCACCACCACAAAAGGAAGAAAAGACAGUGCUGGGAAGAAGUUCUACUCUUCCACAAAGACUGUGCUGUACUAAUAUGUUAGAAAAAAAUGGUAAAGUAAAGAACAGUAAAGAACUACCUACAGUUGAUCACAUUAGUCAUUUACAGCAGUUCUAUUUUACCUUCAUAGUAGGCGUUUUCUCUGCCAAUAGGAUUGCAGAUUGUGUACUGUCCACUUUGUAUAUGAGUUUCUUGGAAAAACUGGACCCUUAAUAGAAAGAGAACUAAAUUGUACACAAAGUUGCUGAGCAGUGGUCAAAAGGGUUAUCUGUGUUUAUUGUGUACUGUUAAUCUAGUCAAUAAAUACAUUUGGCAUGAAUAAUGAAACAUCCUCUGCCAAGUCUCUCA